UUCUAGUCUAUUAGGUUGCCCUCCAGUAAUUUCGAUUUAAGAAACCCUGCAGAGACCACGAUUACUGAAGAUUCCUACUGGAUCCUCCUAUCACGACUACAAUCGAAAAUGCCUGAGAUCCCGAAGUCUCGUUUCGCCGCUCUCUCGCCCGUCGAAGGCGCGACUGGUGGGAGCGAGAACGAGCAGAAAAAGGACCUCGAAACGGAGGUCGCCACCCUUCGAUCUGAAGUAGAUUCUUUACGGAAGCAGCUGAUGGAUGAACGUAUCGGAUGAACUUUUUGAUUGUAGUUUUUCAGGUUUCAUCGCUGAUUAUUUUGUAUUUACCUCCUAAUAAAUGAUAUAAUAAAUAUGAUAGGCCGCUGCAGAAGAUCUUUUCCUUGAUGAAAUGAAAAGUUGAUGUGGCUCUCGUAUGCAUUGUCGUGUGCCUGCUUUUUUCAGGCACGAGUCUUCGGGAAGAACUGCUUCGUUUGGUGGAGAGCAAGUUUUCGUCUACAGCGGCCACUCCGUCUUCCACAUUGGGAGGAAACUUUCGAGUGAUACCGCCAAGAUGGGGGCCAGAGUCUACGGCAAGUAGUUGCGGUUGGAGAUCGCCCCCUCCUGUGUUUCAGCGCACGUCCCUGCAAGAUAAAAAGCAGAAAGGUCCUUGUGGAGGCGGUGAAGGUUAUGAAGAGGUCGGUAAAUUAUUAGAUGCUUUUUUUGAACUGCGAGUGCGACUUACUAAGAAAGAAGUCUAUAAUUCUGCAACUGAUCUGUUCUGAGGAAAGUUCAAGUCGAAUAUUAGAAAAAAGGGUAAGUAGCAUUACAGCAAUCACUGUAAGAUAAAAGGAGCCGUCGAUAUUGUCUGCAGCCUUCAGUGACAAACAUCAACACCUAAACCAAGAUUAUUUUUACGAGAACAUUGUUUUUCAACGAGGUUCACGCUUUAAUAUGCAACCCAAGCCAAGCCUGGUUCCAUUACCGAAAAUCAGAGUCAUCUUGUUGCUAUCAAGACAGGGAGUACAGUAGUUAUGGCUCAAAAGAACCCAUCUCCGCGUGAAUCGUCCCAUUGAAGUAGGACUUCGCCAGUUAAAGUACUGACUGGAAGAGCCGCGGGCUGUACUGAGGCAAGUAUUGGGUCGAGUAUUUCAACGGGAUGUCGUUACGGGGUCAUGGGCUAAGGAUAGCCCUAAAGUAGUAAGUCGCCGUAGUGCAGGCUUGCCCUCUGCGACAUCAUCUUAAGGCUCACUUGUGUAAGUAGCUACUUCAUCUUAGACAUGAGGCUCGAUGUGCAGGAUUCACAAUCUAGCCGAGCCCUAGACAGCGGAAAUCUCUCAGUAGGAGUAACUUGACGAUCAAUGUCCUCAGUUUCAGAGGAAAUGCAAUCUCCAAGAAAUGAAAUCUCCAAAGAAAUGACUUGUUUUGAGCUCUAAUCCUCUUCGGGUCUUUUUACACCUGGACUGCGUCACGGGAUCCGAAGUCCGCCACUGCCAGCCGCGCCGCGUGGUCUUUCCUCCCUAGUGUCAUGGACUACCGUAGUCGGGAAGAGAUCUGCAAGCGUCGCAACAGCAAGCGUCUCCAAUGUCGUUAUGCUAUAGAUCUCUGUACCGUACAUGUACAACUCGUAUUUUUUUUUGCACAUACAAAAACCUUGACCUAAGGUCCUUAGGUGUAGUUGUGAUAGCGAGUAUGCAUUCUUCUAGUCCCAUUCAUUGUUCUAUUAUCUCCACCGAUCGAGUUCUUGUCUCUCCAGUUGUAUUUCAACACAAUGCAGGAGAGAUCCCUAUACAACACAAGUGAAAGUUGUAUCUUGCAGCUCUCACACACUUGUAUUUCAACACAGUGCAGCACUGAUGCAUCUUUUUCUAUCCGCCGAUGUUGAGUCUUUGUUAGGCGUAAGCAAGCAACUCCUGACUCUAGUUGUCCUCUUCUAAAAAAAAAUUCCGACCUACGACUUCGCAAACAGCGACCUCUUCUCCUCUUGGCAGUUAUGCCAUAUAAGCCCGUGAUAGACGAUGACGAAGAAAAGUAAUGAUGAAAGAGAAGUAGACCAAAAUCACAACUCAACAACAUCUUGUCGAUGGGGGAAUUGACUUGCUGAACAACUGAUGGGGAUUUUAGAAAGAGAGUAUUCUAGUAUCUACGGUAGAUUACUCCGAAAGCCGUUCCAGAUUCAUCUGGAGUGCUUCAAAAUAGCUUUCUACCUCAUCUAAUGUUCCAUCUACCUGCCUCCCGGGGUGCUAUUUCCUGCAUCUACACCGGCAAUGCUACAGCGGCGCUCGCCAUUAACCGGCGUCCGCACACCGGUAAUGACGAGGGCUGCGGGACGUUUGGGUAGCCUAAGUCUCGAAAAGCUGUCUCCGAAAGGCGUAGGCGCCGACUCGUCUCAGGGUCUAUCAGCUUAGGUUUUGAUGGAGGUGCUUAAGACUAAAUCAGACUCGAUGUGGUUUUCAGGAGGUGCUUGAGACAGUGGUGAGUAGUAAAAAGUGGAUUAUUAUUCACUGCCAUUCAUAAGAAGUUGCUUGGUAAUGAUGAGAAACUAGAACAUGGCCUUGACUGAGGUCGUAAAACCUACUAGGCACCAUUCACCCGAGAAGUCGCACGAGAUUCAUGUGAUCAUUAGAAAAAUAGCCAACCAAAAUAAGGGUAAUGCUCUAAUCAGCGCAGAAAAUUUCAGUGGCCCCAGUGCAGGUAACAGCGACGCCAACGUAUCCACAGCCUGAGAGUGAUAGUACGCGCAUGCUGGUGCGAAAUCCCUUAGUAGCAUCUACUCUGCGCAGUCCAAGACUCAGCAUCCAUCUUGGCAACAACAGCAAAAGUACAACGAAGAUAUCACUGAAUACGAUAUCCUCCAGUACUAGUGUACGAAAUUUAUGGGUACCAUCAGCCCAUCUUUUCCACCAUCUUUUAGUCAAUUUCUGCUUGGAAUAGGCUAAAAGAUGUUCGCAAAGAUGGGUUGCCGGUACCUCUAAGAAAUAUUAACGCGACAUCUACUUGCAGCAAUAGCAUAGGAGACAAGAUGAAUAAGCACAUGAAAAUUGUACCUCCAGAACAAGAGGAGAAGAUGAUAAAUAACGAAGCGGAAGAAGCAGAGAAAAAGAUGUCACAGAAGAGAUCGUCAGAGACGGAUGCAGUAGGAGAUGCGCUGUUAAGGCUAUAGUUGUAUCACUAGAGCCACGUUCUCUUACAGAGGUAUGUGCAGUCUCUGGCUGAAGUUCGCUCCGUCAAGUGGGAAGCUUGUAUUAGAUUUUGGGUACUUAAGUACUAGUCGUGUCUGACAUGGUGAGAACAGAUACGAUCUACAUCUCUAAGGAAGGUUGGGGGGAACGACGAGAGCAUGCCAUCGUCGAGUGUGAGUUAUGAUGCAACAGACAUUUGACAGAUCAUGUUGAAGGAGAUGAUCACUGCAGUGAAGUGAGCACACCAUAAUCAAGUGGUAAGGAAUUGAAAGCGUCAGGAUGUUAGAUCUAGAACAGUUCAAAAAGCGGGAUGUUGAAACAACUAGAUAGCGUAGAUCCAAAUGCAGACUUGUUCCCUUUUUCAGAGUAUGAGACUUCCCAUUGUUUCUAUAACUAUGAGACUUCCACCCUCUAGCUCUAUUUCUAUAACUAUGAGAUCAUCUCUUUUUCCACUCUCUUCUAAGAAUCAGACUCCCCUCCACCCGGCGUACAGGGCGACGGCGAAGCCUGUUCUCCUAGAAGCGAGCAGUCUGUGGAGACGGCAUGUGGUCAUGAGCGUGCCUCUGUCACGACCUUACCGCCAAAUUUAAGACUAACUGGAUUUGCCAUUUGGUAUUCUCGUAUGUUCAACAGUGGAUCGUUCUCGUCCUACUUUGAAGGACCCCAUCUACAUGUGCCGGAAACUUGGAGAUAUUUUAUGUAAUCUAAAGGUGAAUGCGUUUGAACUAGGAGCAAAAGACGAAAAAUGCACUCAACCACGGAUAUUAGAGCGAUAUAAUGAUCUAUCUACAAUUACCACCUUUAACAAAGAUAGAAUCGGAGAUCAAACCGCAUGUCUCGACAGGAGGAGCCCAUAGCACUGGAGAACGAGAAUUUGCUUGUUAAGGACGAUAAUUACAAGAUAUCAGAUGCGCAAUGGCCAUGCCGCACAGGGAUACUUGACGGGGAAGAUGUCGACUUUGGGUUCUUCGACCGCGAUAAGGCUGACGCUCACGGCUAAGAAAUUCUUCAGAGAGAAUCUCUUCAGAGAUGAAAGUACUUUCUUCCACAGGCAGACGAAAGACGUAAUCGUUUCAGAGACUGACAGAAGUAAUCUCUUCUACAGAGGGAUGAUUCAUCAUCAGGCGAUUCCGCUCAUGCGUGCAAGCAUACCGAUAAAAUGGGCUCGCUCGUAAGCGUCGCGCAAGCUAUCCUUUUGAGCCAGAUUUUGCUGGCGUUGCCUCCGGGGUCUUACUUGCAAGCGCUCGUGUUACGUGGCCUUACUGGCAGGCAGUGCAAAUAUAAGUAGGUAAAGGGUCUGCGAAACUACAAGCACCUCUGCCACUCUGUCAACAGCUCCAGUGACGCUCUGUAUUUUUACGGGUAGGAGCAUAAACCCGAAGUGAAGGAUCUCUAACCUAACCUAACCAGCCGAAAUCUGGCAGUUUUUGCGAUUGAGACUGAGUGAGACAUAGAGUUAGAGAC